AUGACGGGUUCUCGCGCUUUAGUUUAUUACACGGGUGGUCUACCGGUUGGCGAUAACGCUUCGCUCCAUUGUGUCGGCGACAAGUUCAUCUUCAAAAUUCCAGGUUGGAAUGCUAUCUGUAAAGUAUUCUCGAUCACAGCCGGUACCGUUGAAGAAUGUACUACUCAGUUGCAAGAAGGCAAUCUUCUCUGCAUCGCUCCUGGAGGUGUACGUGAAGCGCUGUUCUCCGAUCCCAAUGUGUAUGAUAUAUUAUGGGGAAAGCGUUUGGGAUUCGCUCGAGUGGUAAUAAAUUCGAGGACGCCAGUGAUCCCGAUGUUCACAGAAAAUUGCCGAGAGUCAUUCCGUACUCCAGUAUGGGGACGCAGCUUCUUUCGAUGGAUCUAUGAGAAGACGAAAAUGCCGCUGUGUCCGAUUUAUGGCGGUUUUCCUGUCAAGAUGAUCACUCAUCUUGGCAAACCCAUGACAUUUGACUAUGAUAAUGUCACACCAGAAGAGGUCCAGCAAAUUUUCAAUGGAUAUUUUCUUCAUGUUUGCUGA